AUGGUGACGAAGACAAUCGCUCCGCAACGUGCCAGCUAUGACGACGACGACAAACCUAAGGGAUCCAUCAUCGUCAACAGCAGCAGCAGCAGCACCAGCAUGUGGUCAUCAUCGCGACAGCAUACCCUGCCGAAACGACGUGCCUCCAUCGCGCGUGCCUUAUGCACGAGCGCGCCGCCUGCCCGCUGUGUUGAGGCGCAAGUAAACACUUGCGGCAGAAACUUACAUCGUCCGUUUCUCUCACAGAUGCGUAUAUAA